AGCUGAGGAAAGCCAGCAAGAGGCUGACCUGCCACAAGCGCUACAAGAUCCAGAAGAAGAUCAGAGAGCAUCACCGAAAAGUCAGGAAGGAGGCCAAAAAACGUGGACACAAAAAGCCCAAGAAAGAUCCUGGUGUUCCCAGUGCUGCGCCAUUUAAGGAAGAGCUGCUGCGGGAAGCGGAGCAAAGAAAGCAGAGGCUUGAAGAACUAAAACAAAAGCAGAAGCUCAACAGACAGAAAGAACAUGAAAAGAAGAGGAAGCUUGAAGCUAAAAAGAAUGCAGCCAAAAUCAAGGAAAAAGCAGAGGGAAAGGAAUCCCCUGGCAAAUCUAAAACAAAGACGAACAAACUGCUGCAUAAAAAUUCAAAGAAAUCAUUUUGCAGGGAGCUCAAGAAGGUGAUUGAAGCCUCAGAUGUGGUUCUAGAGGUUUUAGAUGCAAGAGAUCCAAUGGGCUGCCGGUGUCCUCAACUGGAGCAAGCUGUAACUUGCUCUGGAGGAGACAAAAAGCUGCUGUUGGUUCUGAACAAAAUUGAUUUAGUGCCAAAGGAGAACUUAGAGAAAUGGUUGAAUUAUUUGAAGAAGGAGUUUCCAACGGUUGCUUUUAAAUCAGCAACACUGAUGAAGGACAAGACUAUGGAACAGUUGAAAAAAAGACGUGGACGUGCUGAUUUAUCAAGAACCGCUCAAUCUUUUGGAAGCAAGUGCCUUUUGAAACUUCUUCAAGAGCACGGCAAGGCUCAAAACAAAGCCAUUCAGGUUGGGGUAGUAGGUUUUCCUAAUGUGGGAAAGAGCAGCAUAAUCAACAGUCUUAAAGGAGUUCGUGCUUGCAAUGUUGGCCUAGCAAGGGGUGUUACCAAGUCCAUGCAAAUGGUGCACAUUGAUAAACAGACAAAGAUGUUAGACAGUCCAAGUAUAAUUGCAGAUCCUUCCAACAACGCCCUGGCUCUGGCCUUGAGAAGUAUCAUAGACACUGAAGAAUCGGGCUCAGCAGAUGUGCUUGAAGGAGUAGAUGCCAUUCUAAAUCACUGCAGUAAACAGCAGGUAAUGAUGUACUAUAGCAUCCCAGAUUUCAGGAACACUGAAGAGUUUUUAACUUUACUUGCUCAGAAAAGGGGUAUGCUGAAAAAGGGAGGUGUUCCUGAUAUAGAGAAUGCAGCUAAAUUACUACUUUGUGACUGGACAGGAGCUAAAAUAAGCUACCACUCACAACCUCCAGGAUCUCAGAGCCUGCCACCAUAUCUUACAGAAGACAAAAUAGCUGAAAUGCAGGAGUGCUUCAAUUUAAAGAGCCUAGAAGAAGAAAACAACACCACUGUCCAAGCUUUAAAAUACCCCAGUCCAGCAAGCAGCAUCAUUUUCCAGUCAGCUGGUAUGGCAAAUGGGACAAUAGAGGAAAAUAAAGUGAUAGAGGAAGUGUCUGAGUGGGAAAGUUUGGAAACAAGCAAGGAGGGGGAGGAAGAAGAAGAGGAGGAGGAGUUCACAGAAAGUGAUGAUGAUCAAGACAGUGCAGAAGAAGACAAUGAUGUCAAAAAGAAAGCGAACAUUCCAAUUCACUAUCAUUCAGCUUGGAUAAGACAGCAGAUGAAGAUGAUGCCUAUGAUUUUAAUACAGACUAUGUGUAAUGAAUUAUGUGUGAAGAUACAGUUUGGAGACUCUUAUUACUGGCUUUCAGAACAGUCAUGA